AUGUUGAAGAUUGUUUGUGCCGUUUUGUUGUUUGCAGCCGUUUGCUCGGCCGAUGUAGUUAAACCGUGUGAAGGAGGUAAGUUAAAUGAGAAUUCGGUAAUACUGGGCACUGGAUAAAUUUCCAUCUCCACAACUUUGGCAUGAUAUAUAACGGUAGUGCAAUGAUUACAGCAUACUGUAUCUACUUUUCACUUUCUUUCGUUGAUGACGGUAGUCGCGAUAUACUGGUCGAAUUAUUUGCUAAGACAGUAUUAGAAUAACACAUUUUAAACUAUCGAAAAGGUGCUGGGCCAAAUUGUAUUGAACUAAAAAUUUAAACUGUGCGUAUUAUAUUAUGGGUUACAAUAGGCAUUGUUUGCGUAAUAAUACUUCCAGACGGGCAUUGCACAACUCAGCCUAAUUUAAUCAACCAAUAAGUCACAUUAUAACAAUAUUACAUAUGAGCAAGUUUCUCUCGUGUGAGGCAGGUUUAUUACUCUUUGUAAUCCGGUGCAGUUAUCGUCAACGGCAAGAGGAUGAUCAUUUGCAUGUUUAUAUUUUUGGUUCGGUGCAUGCUAUGAACACAAAAAUACCACUAUUCGAUUUAGUUAAACAAUAUCUCUUCAUUAUCUUCUUUGUAAUUGACUUGUUCGAUUUAAAAUGCACACUAUUUACAACAUUAUUUCCAAGCUUGUUUCUUCAGAUUUUCCGCAUAUUUUAUUUCGGUAUUUCCAUUUCGGCUAAUCCUAAUCCGAUCCGGAAAUGCACGAGGCGUAGCUGAGUGCUUUAGACGCUUUUCGAGUAUUCUUCCAACAUUCCCAGAGUGCAUUAUCACAUUAUAAACGUAAGGGAGGAGUUUUUCUACUUCUUUUAUAAUAUAUGCAGAAGAUAUUACAUAGUAAACAAUUUUACUCAAAAGAUUGACGUUGAAAUUCUCCCAACAUGUACUCAGGGCGCUGUCACGCGCAUGCUUUUAACGUUGUUUGAAUUUUUAAGAGAGCGAAGGAACAAAAUUGCCACACAAUACAAACUUAAAAUGAUGGAAAUUAAUAACAGUGGCCGAUACGCAGACUAAUUUGCCAAAGUUAUUUAGUAUGUGCUGGAUUUGCCAUGACAGGCGUUAUUAGCGUAGGUUUUGUCGUGUUGCAACCUCGUCUCCAGGGCCUUUGUGUUGAGAGGCCCGUGCUGAGACAUCCUCGUUCCCAGGGCUCGCCGGCUGCCUGCAUUGCCAUAAGUCCCGGGACAAGCCGAGGCAGAAGUGAUUUGAUUGGUCGUUGGAAAUAGAGUGAAGUAUGAAAAGUUCAUUCACCAAGUGCAUGUUUAUAUUCGGCUAUAUUGCUGCAUUUAAGGAGUCCGCGUUCCAACUACGAAGAAAUACAAACGUACAAUGCUUGUUUUUAUGGAUUCAUGGAGAUCAUUUGCAAACAGAAGGAAAGAAAAUAACAAAAUCGACAAUUAUAAAGUAGAAGUAAGCAACAAUAUCCAAGAAACGUCAACUAUGAAGCUAUUAAAAAGUUUCUUCAUUUUAACAUUUUCUUGUUUAUAUAAAAUUAAAAUUGUUUAUUAAUAUAAAAAUAUUGUGCUCAAGUAUAAUUAUAAAGUUUCAAGCACACUGUAAACAUAAAGUAUUUAAUGUAUAUUUACGAUAAUUCGGAAGCGAUGAACUGACAACAACGAAUACAAACUUGGUUUUCAGGAUUAUAUUUUGAACAAUCUGAAACUAUAAUUUACAAAAAUGUUUACCUAAUUAAAUAAAUAUAAUAAAAUAAGCUCUAAAUGUUCGCUGUUUAACGGUAUAGUAACUUAAACUUGUCCAAGCUUGUACUGAAUUAACAGUUCCUUCCUUUUCUUACAUAUACAGUACAAUUUAAACGUUUAAAAACACAGCAAUUUACAUAAAUGCGCCAAGUUUCUUUUCAGCUAUUCGAGCACAUGUUAUUUUCUGCACGUAAUCAAAUUAUUCCGCCACGUUACGGACAGUUCCGGAACUCACCGAAACAUUCACCCCCGCAAAGGGGUUUCCAUCCCUAAAAUCCUUCAGCUGGAUAUAUCACGCUGAUCUUAGGGAUAGAUCUUGUGCAGGUUCCCCUUGCUGUCUUCAGUAAUUUCCACUGUCGUUGACACUCCUUACUUUGUCGUCAUCUCCUGGAAAUACUUCUUGUACUCUGCCACUGUUCCAUUUACCCCGCACUGCAUUCGGAUCUGCGACAAUCACAACGUCGUCCACUCGUACAUUUCUUGUUUCGGUCGUCCACUCCCUUCUUGAUACUAAAUGUGGGAACACGUCGUGCGACCAUCGUUUCCAAAACUAAUCGACUAUGCGCUGGCAGAAUUCAAAUCUAUGCCGAGGAUUCUUUGUAUCGCGGAAUGGACCUUGUGGAACGUCGCUCGUUGCUCAUCCCAUAAGGAUGUCGUUAGGGCAUAGAUAUGCACCGUCAUCGGGAUUGUGUGGUAUUCGGCCAAUCCAUCGCAGAUUCACCAAAUUAAUUAGCUGCUUCCAGAAAAAGCAGGUGUAUAACUCAAACGGUGUUAACUUGGUAUCACCAAUGGCGCACUUAAAAGCAAUCUUAACAGACUUUACCAUCUGCACAGCCGUUGUAAUGAGGAGCCAAAGGGGUGGUGAACUGCCACUUUAUGCCACGUUCCGCGCAGAAUUCUCUUAAUUUUUCUUUGCCACAGCUUUUGAUCAUAAAACGUAACUCGCGUUCUGCUCCGACAAUCUGCAAACCAUUGUCUGAAAGAAGAAACUUUGGAUAUCCACGAUAGAAGAAGAAUCUUCUGAGCACUUGUAGGAACUCCAUGGCAUUGGAAUUGGUUGCUAACUCGCAGUGAACGGGUGUUUAAACAGGUGAAUAUUACCCCGUAACGCUUGGAACGCUUGUUUAGACUUACUUUAACCGUGAUAGGACCAAAAUAGUCGCAGGUUGUGUAGAGGAACGGUGGUGUUUUUUGGUUUCAUUCGUUGGGAAGGUAAGUCUUCCAUCAGGCUUCAGCUGCGUCUGGAUUCUCUUUUGCAUUUCUUUACGAAGCGUACGUUGACUCUUCAUGGUGUUGGCAGUAUUGUGUUUCUUUAGAAUCCAAUAUCGCCUCCGUACUUUCGCUGUAGCUAUAGUUACACUAGAAUGACCAGAUUGAUGAGCAUGUCGCGUCACUAGUACUGAUAUCCAAUGUUUAUUUGGAAGUAAAACUGGAUGUACUUUGCCAUAAGACACCAGGGCUGGAUAUGCGCGACCACUGACUCGAAUAAUUCUUCGCUGUCAACAAAGGGUGUUAAUGAUUUUAACUCACCAUCUUUCAUUUUCUUUGCGAGACUGGCUUGCGCUAUUUUUAACCAGUUUUCCUCUGAGAUUUCAAUUUAUUCUGGCUUUAACGGACCAACGUCUAUUUUGUCAUCGCUUUUAUCACGUCUAGAUUAAUUUGAUCCGUAUGUUACGGCAGAAUCUCAGGACGUAUGCGGUGACUCCACUGCCAUAGCAAGCUCGACAAUUGGGGGCUAGGGUCAUAUUCCUAUUUUCGUGUUUACAGACCAUAAAAACAAUCGAUUUCCAAAGAAAUUGAUAACGCAGACACUGCUACGGCACUGGACUCAAAGCAAUCAAAAUUUGGAAAAGACUUCGCACUUGAUGACUGGUUCGGCUAUUGUUGUGGCACAGGUUAUACGAAUCUUACGCUGUUCUUUGUUGACCUCGCUCAUGUUCGGUACAUCUUAAUUUGUUCCAUCGGUCAGUGAUCGGUGGGCAAUUUAAAAAACUCAGGUGAGUUGGACAAUAAAGACAUUCAUCGGGUUUGGAGUUACUCUGAAUUUCACUAAUUCCACUGGACACAAACGGCUUGUAGCAUCGAGGCUGACUUUUGAUCCACGCGAGAACCACACGGCUAUCGGAAAAGUAGACUACGCUUUCGAACACAAAACGUGAUUCAUUAAUAACGGUCUUGCCGAGAUGACUAGCAAGAACUGCGGCUUGUAGCUCUAAUCGGGGAAUUGUUAGUUCCUUUAACGGGGCUACUCUUGAUCUUGCAGCGACAAAUCUGACACCGAAGUUGCCUUCGAACAGCUACCAUCUCACGUAUGUGCAUGUACCAAAUGCUAGACGGGAUGCAUCGCAAAAGAUAAUUAAUAUUGGGUUUCCGAUUGUUCCAGAUGACGUCAGGCAUCGGGGAAACUUCACGUUGUUGAGGGUGGAAAUCUCUUGGAAAAUCUUUAAACCACUUUCGCUGCUCUUCUGUUGCAAUAUCGUCAUCCCAUCCUACUCCAAGCUAAGAUAAGUAAACAAAGGCUCUACAACAAAAACUGGAUGAGCUUACAUAAGACUUGUAAUGUUGUUGUCAUGUUGCAAACAAUUAACUUUUACUCAAGCGGCUGCCAAAUUACUCCAAACCUCUAAAUUUCUAAUCGUAUAAACGUGAUUCAAACACUUUCCGAUAGCUUAUUUCUCGAGGAUUAAAAAUAUAUAAAAUUUACCUUGUCGUGGAGCAGCAAGUAUAGGAAAUUUUGAAGAACAAAUCAAUUUUGCACAUUGAAAUUAAGUGGUCUUGACUUGAGGUGUAAAAUGCCAGCCGAUGCCAGGGCAUCCUCGUUCCCAGGGCUUCUCGGCUGCUUGCGUUGCCAUAAGCCUGGAGACAAGCCAAACCGAAACACCACAAAUUCUGGUGUUUUCCGGAACUGAAACGCGCUCUGCUGCACCUAAGAAUGCUGACUAUUCAUUAAUUUUUAAUGAGGAGUGGAUACGUGUUGGUGAGCAGAAAAUAUUGGAUUUUCCUUUUGUUUUGAUGUAUUUUCCACCAUCAAGGGAAUACGUGAAGACUACCUAAUGGAAUUAUACAUAUUCAACCUCGUACCAAGGACUUUCCUCUUGGGGAGCAAAGACCCUGGUAGACGCUGGUCACGUGAUCUGCUAAAAUCUAGCAGAUUUCUAAUUAACUAUCUUGGUUUUCUUUACGACAAUCAUACAAAAUGCAAAUUAUAAAUUAAACUAUCAAAAUAAUCCAAAUAUCAAAUGUUUAUUGACCUGAUCUUGGAUUGCUAAUUAAAAAUCUGCUAGAUUUUAGCAGAUCACGUGACCAGCGUUUACCAGGGUAUUUGCUCCCCAAGAGGAAAGUCCCUGGGUACGAGGUUGAUACAUAUUGGGUGUAAGCUCUAACACCAUUGACAUGCACAGUGAAACCAAGAUGGUAUAAAGCUCACGGGUGAGCACAAUUUGAGACCGAUAUUGAGGUAACGUUAGGAAAACAGUUCAAACGCACGUAGAAAAGGGUCAUUCAGAUUACCGAUUUGCCAACGGCAACGAAAUAAAUAGAUCACAAACUCGAAUGUAAUCGUAUAAUAACCAAACUUGUAAUAUAAACGCGAAACUAUAACGUGUAACGUGAAACGUGAUUCGACUAAAUAGAAAUGAAUAUAAACCUAAAUUAAUACUAAAUACUUUACCUAGCACUAACACAACUAAACAAUAAACUACAAUAUACAAAUGAAUUGUCACUUACAGAUGUUUCCCCAGUAACUCUUUAACUUUUAACGUAAAUUAUCUCUCUCUCUCUUUGGCUGUCCUCUCUUUACGAGUGUCUCAAACUAUACUGCCGAGUUUUGGGGCUAAGCGUGCUUUUUUUCCAUGCAAAAACGUAAUUAGCUACAUCAGUAUUAAAAACAUAAGUUUCCUGUCAUAAGGAUGGUCGACCGUAAAUUUCCUGUGAUAAGCACAGUUGUCAUUACUAAUAAAACACAAAUUGACAGUUCCAUUCCUACAUACCGGCCCCUAAAUGCGAAGGUAUGAACUAUGAGCAUUUAAACAAACAGAAGGAUUGGACUUUAACUAACAAACUAUAUAUAUAAGGCAAAAAUGAUAGAUUAAGCGGUUAUCUUGCAACGUAUAACUAUAGGUGCAUGUUAAUAUUGUACUUAUCGUUCAUGGUCUUCCUUCUUCAACUUGCUCGACGGUUUCCAGUAGAACAAUCUUUGUCACCGGACGAUCCAAAGUCGUAUUCUUCGUCUUCACUGUAACGCUUCGCACGAGGCCGUCUUUACUGUUCCGCCGAACAUCAACAACUCUAUCCAACGGCCACGUAUUCCGAGGUGAACUUUUGUCAGCUACUAGCACAAUAUCCCCGACAGAGAAGUUUCUUUGGAUCUUGGACCAUCGCUGCCGUUCUUGCAAACAUGGUAAAUAUUCCUUCGUCCAUCGCUUCCAAAAGAUAUCCGCAAGGUAUUGAACUUGUCUCCAUUUCCGACGUGAGUAAAGGUCGCCAUUCGUAAACACAACGGGUGGACACACGGAUCCCUUUCGAAGCAACAAGAGGUGGUUGGGUGUAAGGGCUUCGAGAUCCUUGGGGUCGUCCGAGACUUUCGUGAUCGGCCGAUUAUUCACAAUUCCUUCAACCUCGCACAGGAGGGUUGUUAGUCGCUCGUCGUCCAGGACUUGUUCCUUCAUCAAAGCAUUCAGCACCUUUCGUACGGUCCGAAUACACCGCUCCCAUACGCCGCCGUGAUGAGACGCUUUAGGUGGGUUGAAAACCCACUUUACGUUUCUUUGUGUCAAGAAACCGCUGAUCUUGUCUUUAUUCCACGCCUUUAUCGCCCUUCGAAGCUCCUGAUUUACACCGACAAAAUUCGUGCCGUUGUCCGAUCUAAUUUCUUCUGGCUGGCCACGCCACGAAUCUCCUCAACGCGUUCAGGAACGAAUCCGUGUCCAAACUAUUCGCGACUUCGAUAUGCACUGCCCGUAUUGCCAGGCAGGUAAAUAUGACUCCGUAUCUAUUUACAUUGCUUCUGCCCCUCUUGACCGUGAAACGGCCAAAGCAAUCAAUAUCAACGUUGGUGAAUGGCGGUUUCCCAGCCGUGACACGAUCCACUGGCAAAUCUGCCAUCAUUUGCUCUCCUACAGGUGCUUGUCUCCUCUUGCAAUCGAAGCACCUUUUAAUAACGGUCUGGAUCAGAACCCGAGCUCUGAUUAUCCAAAAUCUCUCUCUUAGCAUCGCGAGAACGUGUUCCAAACCGGUAUGACCAAAGAGAUCGUGAUAAUAUUCAACGAUCAAAGUCACGACGUGAUGAUUGCCGGGUAAUAUCAACGGAUGCUUCGCUCCUUCUGAAACCAACGAAUUUCUCAAUCGUCCUCCAACCCUGAGGACGCGCUUAUCAUUCACUGGAUUAAGCUUGUAGAGUGGACUGGAACAUUUGACUGUUUUUGGCAUGACAUUCGCAUUUGUAGCUGAAUUUAAAUUCCCUAGCAUCACCGCAAUCUCUUCAGUAAAACUUCGUUCUUGCACAAUCUUGAUGAUUUCCAGCUCGGCUUCGCGCAGCUCUUCAAUCGUUAGUGGCUUGAUACGUGUUUGCUUUCGUUCGUGUCCAUUUGAAGAACAUUUCUCGCAGGCUUUACGCAAUGUACGUCUAUAGCGCAGCAUCCAUGCCACAAACUUCUUUAAUCGUUACCAAGAUGAGAAACGUGCAAAGAUCUCGUCAAAAAACUCUUCAAAAUUUGAUGGCGGCAAUUUCAAUCGUUCACUCACUAUUUACCGGUUUCUUCUUCUUGGGAGGCAUUAUUAAUUUUUACACCUCUAUAUUUCAUAUACGUGUAAUAUACAAGACAGAGAAGUCAAAACUUGAUCAAAAUCAGUGUCCAAAGCAACUUUUAUAUCAUUUUUGUAAAUGGUAUGUUUAAUUAAAAUCUAUUUUUAUGCAGAUGUGGUAGGAUGUCUCCAGGGUAGAAGCUUGCAUAUACAUAUACAAAUUUUCAGUUUUGCUAAUAAUAAUAGUUUUAUUUAUAAUUUCAAUUCUUACAAGAUUUGCAAUAAGUCAAAAGAAUAAGUAUUCUAUUCUGAACUGUUGAUAUAGGAAAAAGUGUAAAUUCAUGAUCUUCACAUAAUACAAUCGCAUCCGAUAUGACACAAGAAUUUGAGAUCCCCACCUCAGGCAUACCAGGGGCAUUCACUUCUUUGGUGUGUGGAAUUCAGUGAAGUCCCCUGCAGCCAGGAUAAGAUGGUAAUGUAAAUUUCUCCGGUCCAGUCAUCCCCAGGUUUCAAUUGAAAUUUCCCACCGUUCUGUGAAAGCCUUUCCUAGCCGACUGCUUUAUUUCAGCAUUUAUAUACAGCAGAUAAAAGACUAAGCAACCCCCCACCAUGAUCUCGCUCAUUCUCCGACUUGGAUACUGAAAGUAAGUGUCUUCUCUGUUUGCCAGGAAAUGAUAAACCAGUGAAUCGGAGGCGAUUGUCCUUCAAUUCCCCCUCUGGCAUGGGAUUCAAAUGACUGGUGAAAAUGAAUAUGCUUAUCCACUGUAUUUAAUUAACAGCUAUUAAAAGUACUCAGUGAAAAUACAGCUGAUAAAAUUCACAAAUAGUAAACACUUUGUCCUUGUACAUAUAGUACUAGUAUAUAUGUUUAUAGUACAGUACACCUUUAUAAUAUAAUAUUGCCAAAAAUACCAAUUGGCCAUUUAUAGGCCAAGUGACCAAUACCAAAAGCACAAUAAAACACAAUAUAUUACACCAUUAAAAUUUUACUAUCGUAAAUAUAUAUCAAAUAUUUUAUAUUUACAGUGUGCUUGAAAUUGUACAGUUACACUUGAGCACAAUCUUUUUAUAUUAAUAGACAUUGUCAAUUUUAAUUUUAAAUAAACAAGAAAAUGUUAAAAUGAAGAAAAGUUUUACAAAAAGCUUCAUAGUUGACGUUUCUUCGAUAUUGUCGCUUACUUCUACAUUAUAAUUGUCCAUUUUGUUAUUUUUUUCCUUCUGUUAGCAAACAACCAUAUGAUCUCAAUUAAUCCAUAGAAAACAAGCAUUGUACGCUUGCUUUCUUCGUAGUUCGAACGCACAUGCCUUGAAGGCAGCCAUAUUGUCGAAUAUAAACACCCACCUGAUGAAUGAACUUUUCACUCCAUUUCCAACGACCAAUCAAAUCACUUCUGUCUCGGCUUGUCCCAGGGCUUAUGGCAACGCAGACAUAAGACUUUAAUACUUACUUGGUCGACAUUUUGGGCCGUCAAUAGAAUUAAUUUUUGUGUUUUUUUUGUGAGAAGAGUGCGGAGCAAGGGGGAAGAAGACGUUGAAACUAUUUAUUUCCUAUUUAACGCCCCUCUAUGUACAGCUAAUAUCAAAGAAGCCAUUAACUUCUAGUUGUUUUCUAUCAUUCAUUUGUAAACUGUUCUAUUUCAUAGUGCUUGUCGAUAAGUUUCUUAAGCUACCGUCCCAGUGGUACAAUGAGCUUGGGUCCACAAUGACUUUGACCAGUUUAGACCCAUUCAAGGGAAACUUUGCGGGGAAAUAUAAAUCUGCUGUUGGAAACGCUGGGCAUGAAUACGACCUUGUCGGCAAGUUCGACACUCAUGGAGGUACAUUAGGAUGGAUUGUAUCUUACCAAAAUAAGUAUCUUAAUGCACAUUCAACCUGUACUUGGUCUGGUCACAUUGAGCUGAGCCCUUGCAAAGAUCAAAGACCUGUCAUUCUCACCACGUGGCUGCUGACGUCACAAACGGGCAACAAAGAUGAUUGGCCAUCAACCAACGUUGGCUUUGAUACCUUUACUGAAUAUCCUCCAAGCCAAGAACAAAUUGAGAAAGCUAAACUACGUCGACAGUUCAGCCAUCCAAAGAGAGCAUUCAUGGAAUAA